AUGACAGUCGAGCGGCGUCCGCAUCGACGCUCGCGCGCCGUCGUCCUGACGUUCGCGCUCCUCGCGUGCGCGCCCGUCGCCGCGAGCGCUCACCGCCAAAAACCAAACCCUUCGUCGGCCGGCGGCGGGGGGCGCCGACUCCUCCAGUCCACCCCCGCCGCGGCGGAAGUCACCGGAGUCGCCGCCGUCGUCGACGGCCGCGACGUCGUCCUCCCCGCCGCGCUCGCCACGUGCGACGCGGGGGUUCUCGAGUGCGACAACCGCAAGUUCCUCAAAAACCUCGAGAAGCACCGGCAGCGCGUCCUCGACUCCUCCUCCUACGCCCCGGACGGGAUCGCUCCGCCGCCGCCGCCGGCGUGCGCCAACUACGACGGCCGGUUCGAGGAGCCCGGGCGAUUGAGCUGGGUUCUCGGCCUGGCCGCCGGGUUCGGCGCGCUCAUGACCUACGGGAUAGGCGCGAACGACGCCGCCAACUCGUGGGGCACCUCCGUCGGCUCCGGAGCCGUCUCUGUCACCGCUGCCGUCUUACUCGGCGGCGUUUGCGAAUGGCUCGGCGCCGUCGGCCUCGGCUACGGCGUCAGCAAGACGAUAAAGGGGACGAGUAAGACGGACGACGCGCGGUGCUGGGCGUGCGGCUACUGCGACAGCGAGAUGUCCCUCUACAUGGUCGCCAUGUGCGCCAGCCUGGCGGCGGCUGCGGUUUUUUUGAUGCUCGUCACCUUCACCGCGAUGCCCGUGUCGACGACGCACAGCAUCGUGGGAGGCACGGUGGGCGCCGCCGCCGUGGGCGUGGGGUUCGGCUGCCUCAACUGGGACUGGAACUCCGGCGGGCUCUCGGCGAUCAUCGCAAGUUGGGUCAUAUCUCCGGUCUUCUCCGGAAUCAUCGGCGUGAUUUCCUACUGGCUCACGCACCACACCGUCGUCAAACCCAAACUGGGGGGGUCGCCCAGGCGAAACGCGAUGAUCGGCCAGCCGAUACUGUGGAGCGGACAAACCUUCGUCAUCGUGUUCCUCAUCCUGCUCAAGGCGCAGCCCACGAAGGGGUGGACCUAUCGCGAGCAGGCCAAGAUCGCCGGCAUCGCCGCCGCCGUCGUGUUUGCCCUCGUGGCGACGAUACUAAACCCCAUCGUUCACCGUUCGAUGCCUUCGGUGGCGGCCAAGCGCAGACGCGAGGAGCUCGAGGCGGAAGCCCACGCGCCGCUCGACGCUAAGCCCCUUCGACGACCGACCCGAUUUCGGAGCAUCCACGAGGGGCUGUAUCGGUUCUUGGUGUCGGCCACGACGGGAGGGAGCUCGACCUCCUCCAACGACUCCGGCAGCCCCCGAUGCGAAACCGCAAACGCCGCCGCCGCCGCCGCGACGAACGCGUCUCAACCAACCUCCGUGAUGGGAAGCAUAUCCACCGCCAUCGGCGACAUCGUCGUCCGCGACAGCGACGAGCGGUCCAGGACCCGAGCCGGCUUCCUCGCCUCAUCCGCGAGAAUCACCGAAGAGGAGUUCGCCGCGGGUAUGUCCGAGGAGGAAGUGGAUGCCACGUACGCGUUCAAGUAUCUCCUCGUCUUCACCGCGGCGCUCGAAUCUUUCGCGCACGGCGCUAACGACACCGCGAACGCCACCGGGCCGUUCAGCGCGGUGUACCUGACGUACUCGCAGGGCCUCGACGACUGUCGCAAGCCCGAGACCCCCGCGUGGAUCAUGGCCGUCGCCGGCUUUGGCGUCUUCCUCGGCGUGGCGACGAUGGGCCAUCGCGUGAUUCGCACGAUUGGCAAGGAACUGACCGACAUCAACUACCAGCGCGGUUUCUGCAUCGAGUUCGCGAGCACGCUCACGGUGGUGCUGGCGACGGUGAUGGAGAUGCCGGUGAGCACCACGCACUGCCAGGUGGGCGCUGUGGUCUUCGUGGGCGCGGCGGCGUUUGGACCGGGAAGCGUCCGUUGGGGUUUGUUCGGGCGGAUCGUGCUGACGUGGGUGCUGACGCUGCCGAUCGCGGGAUUGACCGCCGCGGCGGUGACUGCCGCGCUGCGACCGGCGAUCGUGGCGUGA